AUGAACUUAAUUGGAGGACAGCUUGAAGUUAUAAUGUCUCCUACUCAUCAAAGAACUUGUCGAAGAAAAGCCGAAGUUAUAAGACAAGUUUGUACCUGGCAUGAUAACAACGUGAAUCUGGUUGGCACUCAUGGUGGUUCAUCGAGUGCUUUUACAUUAGAUGAUAACAUUCUUGGCCCUGAUGCCUAUGUCGUUCUUAUUAAUAG